AUGAAUUUAGGCAUAUCUAAAUCUUCUGCGAGGGAAUCUUAAAUUUCAUUAUUAUUUGCAGGAAUGUAAGUUGAAUAAUAUCAAAACUCUCUCCAAAAUUAAUAUCUAAAAAAUUUUACUUAAUCAAAGUUUUUAGGAUAAGGAACCUAUGGUGUAGUCAUAAGAGCAUUUGAUGAAAGAAGAGGAGAAUUUGUAGCCUUAAAGAAAAUAAAGCUUGGAAAAUUUAAGGAUGAAGGUUUUCCUGUUACUACAAUCAGAAAAAUAUCAAUACUUUAAAAAUUGAAACAUCCUAAGUAGAAGAGUCCUACAUAGAGAUCUUAAACCAGAGAAUAUUUUAUUAAAUGAGAUGACGAUUAUUAAACUAGCAGGUUUUGGACUAUCUAGAGUAUUUCCAUUCCCAAUGCCUUAAUUCACAAAGGAAAUUACUACUCUCUGGUAUAGAGCUCCAGAACUCUUGCUUGGUGAUGAUAAUUAUGGAACUGGUGUAGAUAUAUGGGCUGUCGGUUGUAUAAUGGCUGAAUGUUUAGCAUAAGAACCACUGUUUAAAGUGGAUAGUGAAAUGGUUAUGUUGUCUCAAAUUAUGGAAGUAAUUUUAUAUUUUAAUUUCUUCAAAGGUAAUUGGAACUCCAUCCGAUGAUAAUUAUAUUGGAUUGUCUAAACUUCCAAAUUAUAAAGAUGAUUUUACAAUACAUCAACACAAAGAUCUUACUUAAGUUUUUCCAUUAUUAAUCGAUGAUCAUCGAGCCCUUGAAGUCUUAUAGUCUAUGCUGUAAUUCAAUCCAGCCAGGAGACCAUAAGCAAAAGAAUUAUUAAAUUAUUCAUGGUUUUAUGAUAUUAGAAAUAAUUAUUGA